AUGAGCGACCCACUGCCAGAAACAGACCGGGAAGAGGUCAUGGCCCGCCACCGAAAGGAAAAGAAGGAACUACAGUGCAAAAUACAAUCGAUGAAGAAGAUGAAGGUGGAUAAAAAGAAAAAGAAAGAAAUCCAAGAGGAGAUCGCAAAUCUCGAGCAGGAAAUAGAGCAACGGCAUGCGGAUGAACUGAAUCGUUUGAACCUUUCGGACGCACCCGAACCCUCAACCAACCAGCGGGACAGUAACGAGGAAGCGAAUGAAGAACCUAAUGACGACAAUGGAAAGGAAGAACCUCGGCUCUCGAAAGCGCAACGCAGACGAGACAAAAAGGCACAAGACAAUCGGGAGCGUGAUGCACAGAUUAAGGAGGAGCAGACGCAGCUGCUUAAAAGCUCCCCACGUAUCUUGGAAAACAAUCGUAUCAACGAAAUUCUUAUCAAGCGUAGCAUGCUAGCCCAUUCCGUACCGGCCGAUGGCGAUUGUCUGUACAAUGCGAUCAACCACCAGCUUACCCAGCUGGGUGUCGGUUCGUACAGUGUGCCAGAGUUGCGACGUAUGGCUGCGGACUACAUAGAGGCUAACCGGGACACCAUGAUAUGCUACAUGAGCCAUCCGGACACAGGAGAUAUGCUCAGUCCGGAAGAGUUUGAUAAGUACUGUCACCAGGUUCGAGCUACAAAGGCAUGGGGUGGUGAGAUCGAAAUUAAGGCCCUAUCCACCAGUCUGAAGUGUCCCAUCGAAGUCAUCCAGGCUGUCGGUCCGGCGACCGUACACGGAGAGGAUGAGAGUACUGAUCGUAAGUUAGUGCUAACGUACCACCGGCAUAUGUAUCGGUUGGGUGAGCAUUACAAUUCUACCAAACCAAUACCACCACCAUAA